CAAAUCAAGCAAAUAAUAGUCUCUGAGUUGAAGUUGGUAUUUUCAUAAAGUGCAUUUAAGCUUUAUCAGUUGCAUGUUUAAUCUUCCAGAAGACUCUUAUAGGUAUUCUUGAAUUAUAUACCUUCCAAUUUUGAUUGAAAGUUCUGCCCCGAUUCUGAUCUGCAUUUAUCCUCUUGAUGCCCCUGAAUCCCACUUGGGCUGUUUUAUUGUUUAGGAACUGAGAUUUUAUAUUUCCAUCCUUUUUUGCAUUUCCAUAUUUUUGUCUUGAAAUUAAUAAAUAGGAUGUCAAAACAAUCAUCAUGACUGCCUAUGAAGCCGUGUCUAUGCCAACCAUCUGCUUGUGAUUUAGUUUGUCCUUUGUUCCUGGAUCCAGAUGGUGGGCUCAUGAAUGUUGACCCCUGUUAGGAAUUUUCAUGCAAAAGACCUAUAUGCUAUUUUGUUUAUUUUAGAGAAGCAUAUCCCUGUGGUCUAUGGUACCACACUUCUCUAAUUAAUACCUUUCUGUAUAUUACUUAAAUGUUAAAAAAGAUUGUUUUAUAAGCAACUGCUUUCUUUGUUCUCUGAUAAUUUAAGCAUGUCAACUACAAAUAGAUUUACUUAAUAGUGCUUUUGUAUUCGGAAAACUGAUUCUGACCUAUAGUUCAUCAGUCAAUGUUUGUUUAAUUAUUUUCUGACUUUCUAGAUGCUAUGAAUUGUAUUUUUGGUCCAUGCUCUUGCACUUCUUGUAGGUCACCUUGGUCAGACAAAUACCAUCCACCAUUGGAAGAUGGACCCUAUCCAUCAUCAGAGUUGAGGAAACUCGAAAUUGAAGCUAACGAUAUCUUUUCAGUCUACCGUGACCAAUAUUAUGAAGGUGGCAUCUCAUCAGUUUAUAUGUGGGAAGAUGAAAAUGAAGGUUUUGUAGCUUGCUUUCUGAUAAAGAAAGAUGGCUCAAAGACAGCACAUGGCCGAAGGGGUUAUCUGGAGGAGGGAGCAUGGGAUGCUAUUCAUGUUAUACAGGUGGGACCUGAGUGGGAAGGAACAGCUCGUUACUGCUUGACUAGUACAGUCAUGCUGUCUUUGACUACCGAUGAUGAGUCUACUGGCACUUUCAGUUUGUCUGGGUCAAUCAGACGACAGAUGAAUAUGGACCUUGCAGUUGCGGAUGGUCAUCUCUGUAACAUGGGAAAGAUGAUAGAGGAAAUGGAGAGCAAGCUGAGGUACUCACUGGAUCAGGUUUACUUUGGAAAGACAAAAGAAAUGGUUUGCACUUUAAGACCGCCUUCUGAAGUGGCACCAAUGAGGCUACCUGACUGCUGAUGUAGCUUUAUAUGGUUAUGAGAUGGAAGAUUGUCUGAUAUUUGCACUAAACGGCAUACUGGCCUAAUAUGCAUUGUCUUUUAGGUAUUCAUGUUAAUACAAAUCCUAUGUGACGCAUCAUUGAUUUGUCAUUGCAUGGAAAAUGCAGAUAUUCUGGAUAAUGCUGUUCUGUGUAGGCUUUGCAAAAGAAAACUAGGAGGCUAUUGUGGUAAACAUAAAGGUGGAAAAUACAGACAAUUUGCGUAUGUUAAUUUGUUCUUGUGGUUUUCCCGAGGUUUAUGAUAUCCAUUUCUGUUGAUAUAUAUUCUGAAAAGAUGGAAAUUGAU